CUAACUCACCGGAGCAUGAACAAGAUCCCAAACCAAGCCUUUAUGUUGCUGGCCGAGUGACCAAAAGUCGACGGCAGCCGUGCCCUCUGUUGUUUUGGUCGCGUCUGCCCCUUUUCUUUUCCCUGCUUCCCCGUUUUAGCCCCGAGUGACCAGAGGCCGUAGAGCUCGCUCUCGCCGGGGGCCGCCGCCGGAGGAGAAGUAGAUGGAAGCCUCGGGUUCCGCGAUGGAGCUCAGUCCUGAGGAAGAGAGAAUCCUCAUCAGAGACAUCACCAUCGCCGCCGAAUCCCUCGCCAAGGAGGGCGACACCUUCUUCCUCAUCAGCCAAAGGUGGUGGCAGCAAUGGCUUGAUUAUGUUAACCAAGAUAUGACUAGCAGCUCAGUUAAUGGCUCAUCUUCAUAUGGUGCUCAUCAUCAUGACUCAGCUUCUUCAAGUGCUAAGAGACCUUCAGCUAUUGACAAUUCUGAUUUAAUAUAUGAUGCAACAUCUAAAGGAUCAAAUGUUGAAAUUGAACUUCAUGACACUCUAGUAGAAGGACGUGAUUAUAUAUUGCUUCCUCAACAAAUUUGGGAAAAGUUGCAUGGCUGGUAUGGAGGUGGUCCAACACUGCCACGGAAAGCCAUAAAUACAGGUUUAUCUCAGACUGAUUUGGCCAUAGAAGUCUAUCCCCUACGUCUUCGGUUAACUUUAAUGCCAAAAGGAGAGAGAGCAAUAAUUAGGAUAAGCAAGAAGGAAACUGUUGGUGAACUUCAUAAAAAGGCUUGUGAGGUUUUUGAUUUAAUUGUAGACCAAGUUUGUAUCUGGGACUAUUAUGGUGAACAGAAACAUGCUUUGAUGGACAACAUGGAUAAAACUCUUGAUGAUGCAAAUAUUCAGAUGGACCAGGAUAUUUUGGUGGAGGUUUUCACUGAUGGAAAUGGUACUGCUGAUGUUGGAUGCACGAUUCCUCUACAGGAAAAUGGAUACACUGAGAAAUAUUCAACUUCUGUCAUUGUGGAGCCUUCUCAAUCAAGUUUAUCAGCUGCUGAUGGCUUGUCCACAAACAAUUAUGCUUCCAGAAGCUGCAGUUCGGAGUUCUCACAAAGCCAAUAUUUGGCUUCCCCAAGUAAUGACUUGGAUAAUUUGCAUGGAACAAACAACAUUAAUACCAGAACAGCUCCUUUGGGUCUUACAGGGCUGUUGAAUCUUGGAAAUACUUGCUUUAUGAACAGUGCAAUACAAUGCCUUGUCCAUACACCAGAAUUUGCGAGAUACUUCCGUGAAGAUUACAGGCAAGAAAUAAAUUGGCAGAACCCUUUAGGCAUGGUUGGUGAGCUUGCUUUAGCUUUUGGGGAGUUACUAAGAAAACUUUGGGCCCCUGGGCGUACUCCUGUUUCCCCUCGACCAUUUAAAACAAAACUUGCUCGUUUUGCACCCCAAUUCAGUGGAAAUAAUCAACAUGACUCUCAGGAACUUUUGGCAUUUUUGUUGGAUGGACUUCAUGAGGACCUGAAUCGUGUGAAGCAUAAACCUUAUAUUAAAUCCAAGGAUACAGAUGGACGACCAGAUGAAGAGGUCGCUGAUGAGUAUUGGGCAAACCACAUUGCUCGAAAUGAUUCUAUCAUUGUUGACGUAUGCCAGGGGCAAUACAAAUCCACUCUGGUCUGUCCUGUUUGUGGAAAAGUUUCUGUGACUUUUGAUCCAUUUAUGUACCUCUCGUUGCCUUUACAAUCUGCUUCCACUCGGACUAUGACUGUCAUGGUUUUCACUAGUGAUGGUAGUGCUCUUCCAACAACUUGUACUGUAAAUGUACCAAAGCAUGGUCGGUGCCGGGACUUAAUCCAAGCUUUAAGCAAUGCUUGCUCCUUAAAGAAUGGGGAGAAACUUCUACUUGCCGAGAUACGUGGCCACAUGAUCAAUCAACUUCUGGAAGAUCCUCUAACGCUGCUAUCAACCAUCAAAGAUGAUGAUCGCCUUGUAGCUUAUAAGAUCCUAAAUGUUGUGAAGAACACUAUUUAUCUUCAGUUUGUACAUCGUCGUGAAGUGGGACCUGGAAAUAUCAACAGCUCAGUGGCCUGGGAAUUCUAUGGAAUACCUUUGCUUGCAUCAAUCUCACGAGAUGAAAUUGUGACAGGUGCUGCUAUACAAGAGAUACUUCAGAUAAUGCUUGCCCCUAUGCUAGGAAGUGAGGAAUUACAGCCUUUAAGCAUGUCAGGUUCCAGCAUGAAUGCAGCAUCACACAAUCAUCAAGACACAGCCAAUAAAGCAUGCUUAGAUUCUGAUGAGAGUCAGUUGAAGGAUCAAGAACUGAACUGUAAAUCAGAAUCAAGCCACAAAAUGCACCUUCAAUUGGUUGAUGAAAAUAAUGCACAGGUUGACUUGUCAUCGGUAGAAAAUCCUAUUAUGAUGCCUGGGUCAUCAAUAGUUUUGUUUAUUAACUGGUCAAAAAAGGAUCUCAAGAAGUAUGAUACACAUCACUUUGAGAAUCAUCCAGAAGUGUUCAAGUAUGUUCCUGCACCAAAGAGGACUCGUGGUGAACCUCUCUCACUAUAUGCAUGUUUGGAUGCUUUCUUGAGAGAAGAACCACUAGUGCCUGAAGAUAUGUGGUACUGCCCAAGGUGCAAGGAGCAACGACAAGCCAGCAAAAAGUUGGACCUCUGGAGGCUUCCUGAGGUUUUGGUUAUUCAUCUGAAAAGGUUCUCCUUCAGCCGGUCGACAAAGCAUAAGCUGGAAACUUUUGUUAAUUUCCCCAUUCAUGACCUCGAUUUGACGAAUUAUGUGGCACACAAGAAAGGCUCUCAGCGCCAGAUAUAUGAACUUUAUGCCUUAAGUAACCACUAUGGCAGCAUGGCGAGCGGGCAUUACACUGCACACAUAAAGCUUCUAGAUGAAAAUAGAUGGUACAAUUUUGAUGAUAGCCAUAUUUCACCUAUCAAUGAGGAGGAAGUGAAAUCUGCUGCAGCCUAUGUGCUCUUCUAUAGGAGAACUAAAGGAGAAGAUGCGUCGACAAGCAUUGGUGCUGAAUCAUAUGCAAACAAAAAUCACAGUUUAAGCAGAAGAUGAUUUUGGCUGCUACGGGUUAUGUGCUACCGCAUGCAUGCUUCCACAGUGAAGAGCAGAUAGUAGGUAGCAAAUAUGCGACGGAAUCGUCAUGUAUGAUUAUUCAAGACUUAUGUUUCAUUGAUAUCUUUAUGGUGCUCCAGCCUCAGGACUUUUGGGAGGAUUAUGCUCUAUAAUUUUUGUACAUGCGCUUUAUGUAGUCCACCAAAAAUGAACCACUUUGCGAUGGUGUAACUCAUAAGUUAAAUGGGAAAAAAAUCAGUUUACCUUA